AUGUUGUCUCUGACUGGGUGUAAGGGGAAGAUUUUGGUGUGCUGUAAAAGCUAGAGUUUUGCUGUAAUUGUUUCCUAUUGAAACCUACAUCCAUUUAUUUUCUAUUCUGUCAUAGUGUCUGGUUGCUAGGGUCUCAUUAACGUCACAUCAGAUCAGUUAUGUCUUUUAGAUCAGGUGAAUGUGGUUGUAUGGUUGGAAUUAUUUUCUGCUCUCACAGCCCCAGAAUAGGUGUGCUUUUUAUUGUACUUAGACAGCACUGCAGUGUCAAGUUGCUUUUGAAUUCAGAAACCUAAUAUAAUGAUGAAUACAGCAGGUAACUUGAUCCUAGGAUCCUAGCAGUAACACAGCUGAAAUGUUAUUGUUCAGUAAGCCUUGUGGUCUCAUAGCAACAUCAGUAGAAAAAAACAGCCUUGCAGUACUGUAAACCUAUUUUUGCUUCUCUUGAGCUCACGAGCAGGAGCAAGAAUAGAAACACCAGAACAACUUAUCCAGGUCUUCAACCAGUGUUUUACAUCUCCAACUGCUGGUCUUAUGGAAAGAAAGCGCCUGAAAAAGGAAGUUGGAAAGCUACUGACAGACUAUGUCAGCACAACUCUCCGUGAAAAGGAUUUUGAUCCUAAAGGAAAAACGGAAUCCACGUUCCUAGAUGACAUGGCACAUUAUGAUUUGGCUAUUGGUGUAGCAUUGCAGUGGCUAAGUGGGUCUAAAGAUGCAAAUACACUUAAAAAAGGAAAAAUAACAUUUCCAGUGCAUCAACAUAGAUAUCCCAACAGAAUGGAGAGAGAAGCUAUGAUUUUAUCAUCUUUUGCUGGAGUAUUAAUGCACAGUUUGCCAGUGGAAAGUGUGUUUGAGUUAUAUGGGAAAAAAUCUUCAAAAGGACAUCUACAGAGCACAACUAAGGAUCACUGGACACAGCCCUUUAAUCUUUCCUUACAUCCAUUUGCAAUGUUAACAGCUCCGAAAGCUGCAGAACAUGCCUGGAAACAUCGUGCAAAGUUGCAAAAGUCAAGUCAUCAAAAUGCUGGCUACACUACAAAGCUUAGUAAUUCAGAUACUCAUGAAGAAGAAAAUAUUGACACUCAUGGAGAAGAGCUGCACUUGACCGAUGACCACCUAGAAACAGAGGAAGAAAUAAAAGAUGAAUCUGAAAUUACAACAUAAGAGACUGUCAAACUUUAAACAAUAAACCAUUUACCUCUGUAAAAAUAUAAUGCAACCAAUGCAAAUCCAUUUUGUUGCUGUGCACUUUACUUUCGACUGUCAAUGUGUUGUGUCUAAUGUUUUAGAGAACUAUAUAUGCAU